CGCUCAGCAUUUACAGGGUUGACUUAGGAGUUUAGUAGCGUCGCGCACGACUUUGGUCACAUAUGUUUUAAGCAAGUGUAAUGUAUUUUAAGCAAAUCGUCGCGUUCAUGGUGAAUCCAACGUGAAAAUAUUAUGGGAUAAAUAGGACCUGGUGCGAGCUGGGCAUUCGAAACAUCAAGAUGGACAACCUGAGGAUCGAAGUCGCAUGCAGUUUGAUGAUCAUGAACAUAGUGGUUUCCGGUAUAUUAGCAUCUCCUGGACCAGGAAAGUCGAACUUUCAAAACGUUCCGGCCAAGGUUGUUUGGGCCGUUCCUGGAAAGGACGUGGAGUUACCGUGCGACGUGACGCCGCCAUUACCUACAGAUUCCGUCAACAUGAUCUUCUGGUUCAAAGAUACCUCCGGUAUGCCUAUAUACAGUCUCGACGCCAGACUCAACGAGACUUCACAUCUAGCCGUGAGCAAUGAUUUGGGCACGAGGUCUUACUUUGUGAUGGACCAGGAUCCUUCGAGGGCUCGUCUCAAGAUUCAGGAGGUGGCUGCAGAGGAUGAGGGUGUAUUCAGAUGUCGCGUCGACUUCAUCAAUUCGCCUACCAGGAACUUUCGAGUCAAUUUAACUUUAGUAGUGCAGCCAUCGGUUCCGAGGAUCUUCGAUGCCGAGGGGAAGGAAAUCCUUACAGAAGCCGGACCUUUCCUAGAAGGACAAGAACUCUUCCUUUCCUGCCAAGUUACUGGAGGUAAACCCGCUCCCUCACUAAUUUGGUGGUAUAAUGGCACUAUCUUGGACAGUGUUGUAGAUACGGGUAGAGAUUACUUCACGACAGUAAACCAAAUGCUAAUAACGAAGGUACCUAGAUCCUUGAAAGGCGGAAAACUGGAAUGUAGGGCAACAUCAUACGAGAUGGCCGGAGAUAUCAUCAGGGAGGUUCCCGUCAUCGUUUACUUGAAACCGAACAAAGUGAAAAUUGUUUCUCCCAACGAGCUUUUGUCGUGCAGUAAAGCUCAGACCGUGCGCUGUGAGACUUCAGGCUCUUAUCCACCUGCAAAAAUAAUCUGGACACUCCAGGCAAAACCUAUGAGGAACGCUGUUCUAACGGAAGAGGAGACGGAAUUGUUUUCGAGCAGUAUAAUAUCUAUGAGACUGGAGGCUGAGGACGAUGGCAAGGAGCUGGUUUGCAGGGCAGACAAUCCUCGAUUCCCAAAAGGAUAUCUGGAGGACAAGCGGCGGAUACAUGUUGCGUACCCUCCCAAGGUGGCGGUCAGGCUCGACUUGGGGGCAACAUCCCCUGUUAAAGAGGGCAGUAUCGUGGUUUUGCGCUGUGACUGCAAGGCCAGGCCGAGUCCGCACACUUUCAGCUGGUACCAAGAUGGGCAUCUGGUCCCUUACAAUGAGACCGCCGGAUUACUACCAGCUGAUGACACUCUGACCAUCAAAAGCAUUCGGAGACGGUCUGAAGGAGAAUACUCGUGUUCGGCCACCAAUUCAGAGGGAGAAACGUACAGCGCCCCCUUCAAUCUCAUUGUUCAAUAUGCGCCUAGGUGCAAAAUAGGUUACGAGGUGAACAAGAUUGCUUCGGUGACUUAUGAAAACAUGAUCGUACAGUGCCAUGUCGAGGCAAUUCCUGAAGUAAUCCGUUUCCAUUGGACUUACAACACGAGCAAAGGUGUGCUUCCGAUGCAAGGAGCUAAGAUGCAGAACACGGGGGACGUUUCCACUCUGCAUUUCACACCUGGCACCAAUGAUAUUGAAUCUUUAUCGUGUUGGGCUACGAAUAGCGUAGGUAGACAGGAAACACCCUGCCUAUUCCAUAUUAUACCUGCAGAUAAGCCUGAGUCUCCAAGGAAUUGCUUGAUGCGGAACGCAUCGCACGGGGGCGGUCUUGAAGUAUCUUGUUUAGCUGGAAAGGAUGGGGGACUACAGCAGAGCUUCGUGCUGGAAGUAGAAGAUCUCACAUUACCACUUGAUCCGUCUGUUGUCGCCACUUUAAGCGAUCAAGGGGAUCAUUCUACACCUGUGUAUCGAGUUCUUGGUGAAACGCCGGUUUUCAGGUUACAUAGCUUAGAGGCGAAUCGAGAAUACCAGUUCGUAGUGUACGCAGUGAAUGCAAAGGGCCGAUCUAGUCCUCCGGUGGUUCUGCCCAACAUUAGACUUGAAGUCCCUACAGAUCCUAAGCAAGAGAACGGGCUGUCCAUUGGGGUGUACGAUACGGAUAAGGGGAAUCAUCCUAUAACCUUGACCCUUCUGCUUGUAAUCCUGGCAGCAAUCGUGAUGGUUCUUAUAAUUGGCAUCGUGGCAAUCGCAAGUGUACUGGCCUGCAGGCGACAGCCUCAGGUCGCCCUCAGGGCACGCAGAAGCAGUAAACCACCCGAAGAACUAGAACUUUCGGAAGCAGGCUUCAACGAGGGUUUCCAUAGACGCAGCGCCCAAUACAGGGCAAGUCUGUACGCGUCCGAAUCGGAUUUCGAGAGGAGCAUUAAUUCAGGCCCGGAUUUGAUCUUGGCUCCUGUGAAUUUUCCACGUCAAAGCACCGACUAUUGACCCAUGCUGACCAGGCGAGGAUGACCUUAUUUAUUUGUAAAUAGAUUAGUUUUAUGACAUCCAAUGCAGCGCGAACAAGAAACUUAAAAAUUCUUCAUUCCAGUAUCAAAAUUAUACAGUCGUAGAACACACUCGUUGUAUAAUAUUUGUUAUAAUUUUAUUAUAUAUUUUUGUUAGUUGUAGUGCUAAUUUUAAGGAGUAAUCAAAGAAAAAAUGAUUCAAGUACAAACAGUACAUGCUGCAAUCGAAAUAGGAUAAACUAUCGUAAUAAUACAAUUUAUAAUAAAUUAGUUACUUAAACUACGAUUACUCAAUUAAGUAUUUGUUUAUAUUCUCAAGUGUA